AUGUCUGGAUUUACUGAAACUUCAGAACUGCCGACUUCAGUGAAGAAAGAGAUAAAAGAAGAAGAAUUGGAUGAUUUCCUACCACUGUAUCCGUCUACAUUUAAGACGGUAGAAGAAAAGCCGGGACUGGAAUAUGAAUGCAAGAUUGAAAUGUACACGUCUCCCACCAUGACCUUGAAAGAAGAAAAUACUUGUGGGAAGGCCUUUAAUCGAAUGUCUAAUCUCAAGAAUCACCAAAUGAUCCAUACUGGGGAAAAGCCCUAUAAGUGUUCUCAGUGUGGAAAGGCCUUCAGUCAAAUGUCAAAUCUCAAGACACACCAGAGGAUCCAUACUGGAGAAAAGCCUCACCAGUGCAGUACAUGUGGGAAGGCCUUCAGUAAAAUGUCAGAUCUCAAGAUACACCAGAGCGUCCAUACUGGAGAGAAGCCCCAUCAGUGCAGUACAUGUGGGAAGGCCUUCAGUCAAUUGUCUCAUCUCAAGACACACCAGAGGAUCCAUACUGGGGAAAAGCCUUAUCAGUGCAGUACAUGUGGGAAGGCCUUCAGUCUAAUGUCUACUCUCAAGAAGCACCAGAGGAGCCAUACUGGGGAAAAGCCAUAUCAGUGUUCUCAAUGUGGAAAGAGCUUUAGCCAAGUGUCUAAUCUCAAAACACACCAGAAGAUCCAUACUGGGGAAAAGCCCCAUCAGUGUCGUACAUGUGGGAAGGCCUUUAGUGACAAGUCUACUCUCAAGAAACACCAGAGGAUCCAUACUGGGGAAAAGCCACACCAGUGUCGUACAUGUGGGAAGGCCUUUAGUCAAUUGUCUGUUCUCAAGAUACACCAGAGCAUCCAUACUGGGGAAAAGCCCCAUCAGUGCAGUACAUGUGGGAAGGCCUUUUUUCGAAUCUGUACUCUCAAGACUCACCAGAGGAUCCAUACUGGGGAAAAUCUGUAUAAGUGUACUACAUGUGGGAAGGGUUUCAGGAAUAGAUCUAAUCUCAUCGUCCAUCAGACUACACAUACUGGAGGAAAAACCACAUAAAUGUUCUCAGUGUGGAAAGAGCUUUAGGCAAAUGUCAUGUAUGAAGAGACACCAGAGGAUCCAUUCAAAUGAUAUGCUGCCCCGCUAAU